AUCGACAUCAGUUCAGAUUUAGCAGCUCGUACUGUCCAUAAAGCGCAGUCAAUUCACGCUCGUAGCAAACAGUCGCGCGAUCAACGAGAUUGCGCAGUAUUCGAUGAUGCGCAGAAUAUAGUACUUAAAGAACUGCUGCCAUUCUGGGCUGGGUUUACACGACGCUAUGAUGCUCAUUCUGCUGAACAAGAAGCCGAAAAACUACCACGUAAGUAGUCUUUGCUGGGUUGCUGGUGUUCAACGUUUAGGAGUGUUAACACUUGUUAGAGCAAAGAAAUUAAAUUGUAUCUCACAAUUUUAUUUUUUGGAUCAAACCCUCCCAAAAACGACGCCAUAAUGAAACACAAUAGUGCAGGGGUGGAAACACAAUGGAAUUCCCUAUAGGUAAAUUUGAAAGGGGUUCAAACACAAUCGUGAAAACAAUAUAUUCAAGAUGGCGUCCUUAACCUUGGAAGGGCCUGUUAAAGUCGACGUGUUUUUCUCAAAUAAUUUUCUCGUUUUGGUAUUUUUCACUAGCUACACGUCGUCAAUUGACAGUAAAAAGACGUUACUCUGCGUUCAAGAAAUUUCCCCUCAAGAAACGGCCAGUCAGUCUACAGAGCGUUCUGCCAAGCAUUGGCGACUCAAAGAGGGAACUAAAUUAUUCCCUGGCUCAAGGCUUAGCCUGGAAGGUAAGUUGUUUAAUGUGGUUUAUAAAAUAUCACUACACUAAUCAGCCGUGUCCCUCGAUAGCAUUUAGCAUGACAAAAAUUCCAGUACUCAGCAAGAGUACUCAGUCAGGGUCGCCGAGAGGGGGGGGGACAGGGGGGGGGAAUUGCCCCGGGCCCGCAGGUUGUUUUCCGAAAAAAAAUUUUCCGGAAAAGAAUUUUGAAAUAGUGGCCCCUAAAAAAAAUUGCCCCGGGCCCCCGCCAACCUCUCGGCGGCCCUGUACUCAGUAGUCGGAAUGUUGCAUUGUCUUCUCAUUGUUUUGAAAAUCCCACUAUUUUCUACAUGGCGUAUUUGUGAUGUUAAUUCAAGGCCCAAUGUCUUAACGCAAGCUAACAUCGGCUCUGCUUUAUUUUUUAGGAAAGUCUUUCAGAGGAAUCAGGAAGUAUUUAUUCAGUGAAUGCGAGAAGCAGCGGAGACAAUUCUCGUGCAAGCCGUCUUUUGUAA